AUGUUCGGAACCACCGAUCCCCAGCUCCAGCGCGCGCAGGAGCUGCACGCUCCGCCCCCAAAGGGCCAUCCGUACAGUCUGCCGCUUGCAGGCACCGCGACAGAUGGCAAGAGCGCUGUCUACCGCCACUGGAGGUUUACCGACAAGCCGCUGCUCGACAGCCUGGUCCCUGAGAUCAACACCCCGCACGAGGCCUUCGAGGCCAGCGCAGCCAGAUAUCCAAAGAACAACUGCCUAGGCCAUCGCCCAUACGACCCCGUCACCAAGACAUUCGGCGCCUAUGUCUGGCAAAGCUACGAGCAAAUCUCGGAGCGUCGCAAAAACUUCGGCGCCGGCCUGGUCCACCUUCACAGACAGGCCGGCGUGACAGCUGCCAAGCAAUACGGCGUUGGUUUGUGGUGUCAGAACAGGCCCGAGUGGCAGAUUACCGAUCUGGCGUGCAUGUCGCAGGCUCUCUACUCAGUCUCCAUCUACGACACCCUCGGCCCAGACACGACCGAGUACAUCAUCAACCAUGCCGAGCUUGCCUGUGUCGUCACUGGCAUGAACCACGUCACACAGCUGUUGAAGCUGAAGCCCCGGCUGCCGACCCUCAAGAUCAUCGUCGUUUUGGACCCUCUGUCUGCUGGCGAGCUUCCUGGCGAGUCCAAGGGAGAUCUCUUGAACUCGUUGGCGAGUGAGCUGGGCGUGACUAUCCACUACAUCCGUGACGUCGAGGCACUGGGCGAGAAGCAGCCUCUGCCCGUCAAUCCACCCACACCAGACGAUACUGCGACAAUCAAUUACACCUCAGGAACCACUGGCAACCCCAAGGGUGUCGUGCUAAGCCACCGCAAUGCGCACGCCGCGACAUGCACAACCAUGGUGCUCCUCGGUUCUGGCAGCGACCAGAUCAUCUGCUCGUUCUUGCCUCUAGCCCACAUCUACCAGCGGCUGGGUGAGCACGGAGCUCUGGCAGCCGGCUCAGCGAUCGGCUACUUCCACGGUAACAUUGCGGAGCUCGUCGAGGACUUGCAAAUGCUCCGACCCACAGUCUUCUCAGGCGUCCCACGCCUGUACAACAGAUUCGGUGCCAAGAUCAAGGAGGGAACCAUUGAGCAGUCUGGCAUCAAGGGUGCCCUCUCACGACACGUUGUCUCUACAAAGCUAGCUGCCGUCAACGACAAGCACAACCCGACCAACACACACAUGCUGUACGACCGCAUCUGGGCCAAGAAGGUCGCUGGUGGCCUUGGUCUCGAUCGCUGCAAGGUCCUCGUCAGCGGCUCUGCGCCCAUCGACCCCAGCCUGCACCAAUUCCUGCGCAUCGUCUUCGGCAGCAACUUUACCCAAGGCUACGGCCUGACCGAGACGUACGCCGUGUCCCUCAUCCAGCACGAGAACGACUUUACAUCCGGCAACUGCGGCGGCGUAACACCCAACACAGAGGUCUGCCUCGCCGACGUACCAGACAUGGAGUACCUGUCCUCGGACAAGCCGUACCCUCGUGGCGAGCUGCUCGUCCGCUCUACGACAACAUUCAAGGAGUACUUCCGCAACCCAGAGGAAACAGCAAAGGCCAUCGACGCCGACGGCUGGUUCCACACGGGCGACAUCUGCCUCGUCGACGAAAUGGGCCGCUUCAAGAUUGUCGACCGCAAGAAGAACGUGCUCAAGCUGGCGCAGGGCGAAUACAUCUCGCCCGAGCGCAUCGAGAACGUGUACCUCGCCAACUGCGGCUGGAUCGCGUCUGCCUACGUCCACGGCGACAGCCACCAGUCGUUCCUGGUGGCCAUCUUCGGCGUUGCGCCCGAUCUCUUCCCGCAAUUCGCGUCCCAUGUCCUCGGCGAGAAGAUCCCCGAGGGCGACUUGGCCAAGCUGAAGAGCGUGCUGGGCGACAAGCGAAUCGAGCAGGCGGUUCUCAAAGAGCUGACCAAAAUAGGCACCAAGAACAAGUUCAACAGCUACGAGAAGGUCAAGGCUGUGCGCUUGUUCCUCGACCCUUUUACCAUUGAGAACCAGCUUCUCACCCCUACACUCAAGCUCAAGCGCCCGCAGACGGCAAAGGCGUUCCGACAGCAUCUGGACGACUGCUACGAGGAGGCGCUUGCCGCCGAGGGCAAGGCCAAGGCGAAGCUGUAG